UCCUCUGUGCAGGUUGGCCGAAGCUCCUUUUCUCCAAACGAAAGUCAGAGGCACAGGACACGCAGCUUUAUCCGUCAUGGAUGGGCGUAUUAAUUGCGAGAAUGAAUCAAGUCAAAGAAAUGGAGCAUAGCCGCUGAUUGAUCGUUCGAAGUCAAAGGAUUGGCUUGGAGGAAGAGGUGCGUAAGCUUCCAGAGAAUUGUUCGUGAUCGCAACAUGAAUCUUCACGGAGAUCGACGCGAUUAAAAUUUUCCAAAAGGUUCGCUCAACGAGAAGGCCACUAAAAAAUGUUGGGAGAGAUUUACGAAUUCCAAGCGGCGCGUGAAAGCUGAAAACCGAAUUAAAGAGGAUCGAUUAACGCUAAUGCGGCCAUUCCAUUAAGCUAAGCAGCAUAACGUCCGUCCAGAAAUUACCUUUGACCGUCAUUUGUAAGAAACGAAUCUCUGGCGCCGGGAAAUGCGCUUGUCGGAAAGGUGACGGCUGACGGGCAAGAGCGCCAGUCAGCCCGUCAGCCCGUCAACUAUCAAAACCGUCAAAAACGUCAGUGCAAGUGGAGUUAAGAAAAGAAAAAUAAAGGAAGACGCAAAAAAACUCGGCUAUGGUGAUAUAGAAGAGAGCUUUGGCUGCGUUGUGUGUGUGUGUGUGUGUGUGUGUGUGUUAUAGUUUUUAUAGAUAGUGUGUGUGUUCUACGCUAGCUAUGGCGAUGGAGGAGAGCUAGGGUUUCGAGAGGAGCGCGCAGCUAGGCGCUAGGCGCUGCGGCAUCGGGCGCUGAAUCGCCAGAUUGACUGGGAGCUGCGUGGAGGGGGAAUGCGUCGCGGCGCGCUAGGGUUUUGUGAUUCCCGAGGUAAGAUGUUUGCAGCGCCCGGAAUGCGUCCUCUGCGCGUCGCCGAUUUCUCGCGGGAUUUCGCAGAUUCUCGCGCAACGCUCGCGUAAUAUUUCGCAGUGAUCCGGCUUUUACUCUCCCCGGCUGCUCGAUCUCUCCUCCCUCCUCCAGAUAGAGAGUGAUGCCGGGGAUUUCUUCUUUCAUGAGCCGCGGGGGGAUUGGAUCUAGCGGCAGCAGCAGCGGUAGAGGCAGCGGCAGGGUUUGUGAAGGCUAGCAGCGAUCCAAACGGAGGCCGAGCGAGGGCCGAAGAGGCAGAGGGAGGAUGUGAUCAUGGGAAACAGCGUCUCAAGAGUGGUGAGCUGCUUCGUUCCCAGGCGGGAGCACGAUGGGGCGGGAAUUGUGCUCUCGGAUCAUCCUCUCGAUGAAGGCCUCGGCCACUCCUUCUGCUACAUCAGGCCUACAUUGGACUCCUCCGCCAGCUCGCCCGCCCAGCACCAGUCCGGGGACUAUCCCUUCUCCCACUCGACGAGCUCGUCCAUCCACACCGACUCGGAGCCAUUUGGGUCGAGCGUGGAGGCGGAGGAGCAGGCGCCGGCGAUGCCCAGGAUCAGCAAGAACGCGCUCAAGUGUACCAUCUCCGAGACCUCUUUCAAGGCCAUCUCGGGGGCGUCCGUCAGCGCCAACACCUCCACUUCCAGGUCGGCCCCUUUGCUCGAUAGCUUCACCGCCUUCUCCAGUGUCCCGGCCGCGGCGUUCGAGAGCACGCCAUCGUUUACAGCGCUGCCACUCCAGCCGAUACCCAGGGGAAUUGCUCACUCGGGACCCAUCACUGGAUCGUCAGGCUCUUGCUCGGGGCCGCUCGAGAGGGGAUUUCUAUCCGGCCCGCUGGAGAGGGCGUUCAUGUCGGGUCCUCUGGAGCGGGGGUUCCUGUCCGGGCCCCUGGAGAGAGACAAGGCGGGCUUCAUGUCUGGGCCAUUGGAGAGGCAACUCUCCGGGCCUCUCGAGCAGGGAGGAGGUGGGCAUUUCUCCGGGCCGGUUUUGUAUCCUUCCGUAUCGCACAGGGGACGAAAGAAGACGCUGGGCGAGUACGUGAAAGAUGCAAGCUUGCCGGUUCGUCGAGCCUUCUCCAAGACGGUUUCCAACAUCGCUCGCACUAGGAAGUCACUGGUUCCACACCGGAAGAAGCAUAGAAGAGGUGGUGAUCGCGACCAGCAGCAUGCGAGCGAGUCGGUUGCGGACACUUACUCCAUGUCGUCGGAGUUUGACGCGAGGGAGAGUCACCUUCAGUGGGCACAGGGAAAAGCCGGGGAGGAUAGAGUCCAUAUAGUACUAUCUGAGGAGCACGGAUGGAUGUUCGUGGGGAUUUAUGACGGCUUCAAUGGCCCAGACGCACCGGAUUUCCUCAUGAGCAAUCUUUACCCCGCCAUAUACAAGGAGUUGCAACGUCUCUUGUGGGACCAGAAAGAGGCAUUUCAACUUUCGCAAAGUCCGUGCUCGCAGAGUCCACAGCAGCAGCAGCGGCUACUUACGAAAGCGAGACGUGAGAUCGACGUUGGUGCCAACGGUGGUUUGGCGAGAAACGGCAUGCAGGCGACGAGGUCGAGGAACUACCCCUCGCCUAUGGAUUGCCAGGACGAUUGCAGCUCACUCGGAGUGAUGGAGCUGGACGGGAAGUCGUCGGAGGAUCGGCAAGGCACGAGAGCUUGCGGUGGUGGCGAGGUUGACGGCAAGCAGGUCAAGCUUAAGUCCAUACUGGGAGUAAAACUCAAGCAGGCAUGCAGGAGGAAGCACAAGGGUGGCAGCAGCAGCAGCAGCUACAAGAAGCUGUUCCAGUGGCGGUACGACUGGGAGCACGAGAGGCUAGAGUCGGAGAGGCUGGCCAAGGCGAGCGUCUGCGAGGAAGUGGACAGCCCGCCAAUCCAGUCGAGGAGAGGCCGGGUGGAUCACUCGGGCGUCUUAAAGGCGCUGGAGCGGGCACUCGAGGAAACGGAGCACGCGUAUCUCGAGAUGACGCAGAGGUCCGUGAUGGACAACCCGGAGGUGGCGCUCGUCGGCUCUUGCCUGCUCGUCAUGCUCAUGAAGGACGAGGACGUCUAUAUUAUGAACGUUGGCGACAGCCGCGCGGUGCUGGCGCAGGACACAAGGCCCUCUCGCAGCGGCAGCAAGUGCCAGUCGGUCCACUCCAGCGACAGUAAAGAGGCCGAGCACGAGCGCAUCGGCGCUAGGGACUCGAUGCUGAGGAUGGAGCUGGAGAGGAUCAUCGAGGAGACCCCGACAGAGCUUGCGGCACUGGAGGCGGCGUAUGAUGUUGGGGACCUGGCGCCACCGCCUCUCUCGCCAACUUUGGAAGCUCUCCAGCUCUCCUGCGAUCACAGCACGAGCAUUGAGGAGGAAGUGAUGCGUAUAAGGAUGGAGCACCCGGAUGAUGAGGCAUCUAUAGCGAAUGAUCGCGUCAAGGGAAGGCUGAAAGUGACUCGAGCUUUCGGCGCGGGAUACUUGAAACAGCCCAAGCUAAACGACGCUGUUCUCGAGAUGUUCCGGAUCGAUUUCAUUGGCGACGAGCCGUACGUGACUUGCACGCCCUCAUUGCAGCAUCACAGGCUGGGACCCCGGGAUCAGUUCCUGGUGCUCUCCUCGGACGGUCUCUACCAGUACCUCAGCAACGAAGAAGUGGUGGCUCAUGUGGAAUGGUUCAUGGAGAAAUUCCCAGACGGUGACCCCGCUCAAUACCUUAUUGAGGAGCUUCUCUUUCGCGCUGCCAAGAAAGCCGGUAUGGAUUUCCACGAGCUGCUAGACAUUCCCCAGGGUGACCGCCGAAAAUACCACGACGACGUUUCGGUGAUGGUGAUCUCGCUCGAAGGGAGGAUUUGGAGAUCAUCCGGCUGAAAGAAAGAAAGACGAUCGAUCGAUCUGGCAACCCCGGAGACAAGUGAGAUUGGAAUUUUUUUUCUUCUUCCAAGGACCAAGACAAGGGAUAAAAAAAAAAGAGAGGGAAAUCUGUGUGAUGUGACUUUCUUGAAGAGGCACGAGGACUUUGCUCGCGAUUUUGAUUAGUGGCAAAAAAGCAUAUGAUACUGCGCGCGGCUGUAAUGGAUGAUGAUGGCUAUUAAAUUUAUUCCCAGGCUUCUA